GAGUCGAUUUGCCGAUAACGUUGUAUAGGUUCAGUCGUCUGCAGGUGAUUGAGUUGUUUACAGUCAAUAAGAUCUGGCAACACUCCUCUCAGUGAAGCUCGCACACCACCUAUAGACGUGGCCGUCGUAUGCUGUGUUGCGAUUGCUGGCGCAGUGUCCCGUGUGGAGAGAUAGGGCGAAGUUUGCUCUCCCUGCAUUGCAGCCUGAGCGCUGCUGGAAACGAACACAACAAUGGCGACUCCCAGUUCUAAUAGCAACUCCACAACCUCCAGCAGCAACAUCACCGGAUCCACCUCGCACCACAAUCACCCCCAAACACAACACAUGGCUACCGUCAGCAGCAUGCAAGAAUCCAACACGUGCUGGAGGUGUCAAAACGAAACAGGGUUUCAGAUAAGCCUGUCUGGAGUGCCCCAAAGUAAACGUAAAGCCCUGAAGCUGAACUUCGCCAACCCUCCAGUAAAGCCAGCUACCAGACUGCCCCUCAACCCCUCACCUUCCACCGCCCCCUCCUUCCAGAACCCACACAUAGAGCGUAUGAGGACUCACAGUAUCGAGUCCUCGGGGAAGCUGAAGAUUUCUACGGAGAACGCCUGUGACUUUACAGCCGAGGACCUGAGGGACCUCGGGGAGAUUGGCCGCGGAGCCUACGGCUCUGUCAACAAGAUGCAGCACAAACCCAGUGGACAGAUCAUGGCCGUCAAGAGGAUCCGCUCCACAGUGGAUGAAAAGGAGCAGAAACAGCUGCUGAUGGAUCUAGAUGUGGUGAUGAGAAGUAGUGACUGUCUCUAUAUCGUCCAGUUCUAUGGUGCUCUCUUCCGAGAGGGUGACUGUUGGAUAUGUAUGGAACUAAUGUCUACCUCAUUCGACAAAUUCUACAAAUAUGUAUAUUGUUCAUUAGAUGACGUCAUUCCAGAGGAAAUAUUAGGCAAAAUUACAUUAGCAACCGUUAAAGCACUGAACCACUUAAAAGAAAACUUGAAAAUAAUUCACAGAGACAUCAAACCUUCCAACAUUCUCAUGGACCGUAAUGGCAACAUCAAGCUGUGUGACUUUGGCAUCAGCGGUCAGCUGGUGGACUCCAUAGCCAAAACCCGAGAUGCAGGCUGCAGGCCUUACAUGGCGCCAGAGAGGAUAGACCCCAGUGCUUCCAGACAAGGUUACGAUGUCCGAUCGGAUGUCUGGAGUUUGGGGAUCACCUUGUAUGAGCUGGCCACCGGCAGGUUUCCCUACCCCAAGUGGAACAGCGUUUUUGAUCAGUUGACCCAGGUGGUAAAAGGCGAGCCUCCCCAGCUCUGCAACUCUGAGGACAGGCAGUUCUCCCCCAAGUUCAUCAACUUUGUCAACCUAUGCCUUACAAAGGAUGAGUCAAAAAGGCCAAAGUACAAGGAACUCCUGAAACACCCGUUCAUCCAGAUGUAUGAGGAGCGCUUCGUGGACGUGGCCAGCUAUGUGUGUCGAAUCCUGGACCAGAUCCCAGCCUCCCCCAUCUCCCCCAUGUACGUGGACUGAUGGGGGGGACACUAUGCCAUGCACACUGUUACCAUGGUAUCAGCUGUUUGUUUUCCCGUUCCUAAGAACAUGAGUACAGUUCCAAAUCAAUCACCCUGUGCAAUACGAUAAUACGCACACACACAUUCGUGCUUGUCAUCACCUGUAUUUAAUGUCAAUAAAUCAUCUAGAUUAUCCUCCCGUCUUCAGAACGCUAAACUUGAAGGAUUUCAAUUCGCUCUACAUAUAUACAAACUUCAUCUUUCCAUGUGCUAGAAAAAAAAAAAGGGUUGGAGUGUAUUAUAUAUAAUGUUAUACACACACACACACACACACACUUGAAAAUCGUUGUGAUCAAAUACAAACGUUACCAAAUAAACAUGUUGAAAGGUUAUUAAGAAAACCGUCAUCUAUUCGGA